UGAAACUGACUGCAGUGAGUACGUGGCACUUUUGGACUGAGCCACCCCUUGUAUUUCCAGCACUGUGCAGCUUAUCACUGGGGACUGACCACAACGUUCUCACUCCUGGAGAGAGCUCGGGCUGAGUGAGAGGGUCUGAUCCCAGCUGGAUCUGUCCAGGACCAGCUUCCUGUCUCCUUGCUGCCAACCCAGGUUACACCAGCUGUUCACCAGAACGAUGUCCCCAGUCUCAGGUAAAUCCCUGCAGCUUGUGGACAUUCAGGAAGAUUCGUUGCUCCUCAAUGAGGAUGCUUUUCGAGAGGAUGUGAAGGAUGGUCCAGUCUGUCAGAUUUCCAUCAUCGAGGAAGAGAGGGAAGGAAAAUCCUUUCUAUUCAACCAUCCCCUUCGCCAACUCCGUCAUCUGAUGAUGAAUGCCAUUCAGGGAUUGAAGCUGCCGGAGAAGAUGCUGCAGGAUUUCCAAACUUUCUUCCAUUGCUCAGAGGUAGAUGAUGAUGCUGAUAUCUCUGCGAUCCUGGAAACCUCUCCGAUGUCAAUGAGGGACCGUCUGGAGACGAUGGUCAAUGAGCUGGUGGAGAAAUUUAAGCAGCAACUGGAAGUGGGUGAGGAACAGAGAGAGCGUGAGGUCACGGAGUUGGAUAAACUCCUGAAGAAAGAGACUGAGAACUUCUGCAAGGCUUAUACGGCAAAAUAUAACUGGGCCAUUGGCAUCCUGAGGCAAACGCUGUUGGAGGAGUUUGAAUGUUUCACCAAACAGCAGGAGCAGGAUUCGGACGGGCUGUUGGAUUGUGUGAAGACCUGGCCGAGUCAGAUGAGGAUGUUGGUGGAGGUGAAGGAGAAGGAGCUGAUGGAGAAGUUUGGGAAGGCGGUGAGAGGGAGUGAGGAGGAAAGGAAGCGAGCGAUGGCCCAGCUGCAAUCCGAGCUGCACAGGGAGAAGGAGAUCUUCUGCAGGAAACACAGCGACAACUUCAGGAAUGGUGUGAUCCGCCUGGGCACUGGGGCAGUGGGGAUGGGUCUUGUAGUAGCCUCUGUCCUACUACCAGGCACUGCUGUGGCAGCUGUUGUUGAGGGAGCUGGACUGGCCCUGGACACCAGGAGUGGUGUCUGCAAGGUGUUGGCGCUGGCCGGGGUGAACGCUGCGAUAAGAAGGGCCUAGACGGCUGGUGACACCACACCAAGUGGAUCAGCCGAGGGCAGGGAAGGCAAGGAGGAGCUGCUGAAGGGG